AUGUCGUCCCCUGCCGAGACACCAGUUAUCCCCGCGCCUGUCGCAAAGGCCUCGGGUAUGCGCAAGAAUGGCAAGAAUUGGCAUGACAAUAAGCGGGCUUUCCGUCCGACCGCCGGUUUGACAUCCUAUGCCAAACGUCAAGAGCUCCGCAAGCAUCAAGAUGCCGUCAAGGAACGGGAACGGGAGAUGAAGCAGGAAAAGGAGGCUGAACGUCAGGCCCACAUCCAACGCAUCAAGGACCGUCGCGCUGCGAAGGAGGAGAAGGCUCGUUAUGAGAAGAUGGCGGAAAAAAUGCACCACAAGCGGGUCGAGCGGCUCAAGCGCCGCGAGAAGCGCAACAAGCUUCUCAACUCAUGA